AUGAAAUAUUUAUUAAAAAGAAAAAAUAUAAAAUUGAUAACCUGCAAUAACUUUUAUAAAUUAUGUUGUUUUUACUGUUCUAAUGAAAAAAAAAUAUCUAAUAUUUUUGAGAAUACAAAAUUAACCACAAAAAAUUACUUGAUUCAGCAUGAAAAUGAUAUAAUAAAUAUUUUACAAUAUUCAUUAAGAAAUAAAAAUGAAAUUACAGCACAAAGCAUAGUUCUAUUACUUAAAUCGUGUAGUAAAAAUAAAUAUAUAAAUCAUAAAGUUGCAAACUUAAUAGUUAAGCAUAUCAAGUAUAACAUUGAAAAUUUUUCAAUAAUUAAAUUGUGUAUAUGUUUAAAUUAUAUAGUCAAUUUAAAUAUAAAAAAUGAAGAGAGCUUUAAUUAUUUAGUAACUAACUCUUUAAUUAAAAAAUUGAAAAAUGAUGAAGACUUAGAUCUAUAUGGUGUAUGUAUGAUAACUAAAUUUUUAAUUAAUGAAAAAAUAAAAAAUGAAGAAUUACUUUAUUUCUUAUUAAACUUAACUAAAAAUAGGUUAGAUAAAAAUUCUAAUCACUAUGAUAUAUAUAAUUUGAUAAUCUCAUUUUUAAAUAUGCAAAAUAGUGUUUUAAAUAAUAAUAAUAAUAUUUGCAGUAAGGAAGUUAGUAAUAAUCUUUUUAAUAAAAGCAUUGUAUAUACUGAAUUUCUCAAUAAAGAUUCAAUAAAUGGUGUAGUUAAUAAUAGUAAUUUGAAAAGUAUUAAUAAUGAUUACAUUAAAAAUAAUUAUAAAAAUAAUUACAGAAAUGUAGCUAAAUUAAAUGAAGAAGUUAUUCAUAAAUUAUUAUUUUACUAUAUAAAGUUAGAAAAUAUAAAAAACGAAGAAAUUAUUUUAAUUGUAAAUAAUUUAACUAAUGUAAAAAAAGGUUAUUUUUUUUAUGAAAUGAAUUUGAAUAAAAAUGAAAGAACUUUAUUGUAUGAAAUAUAUUUAAACAAAUUAAAUUAUAAAGAAAAAUUUGGAGGUAAGAUAUUGGCUCUUUUGUUAUUUAAUUUACAAAAAAUUUUCAGGUUAAAUGAAAUAUCAGAAGAAAAAUUUUACAACAUUUUAGAAAAUAUUAAUAAUGAUUUUAGAUUUGUUGCAUUAUGUACUAAAGAGACUACACAGAAAGAGUUGGAAAAACAGAAAAGAGAGUUAGAACAAAAAGAAAAUGUUAAUAAUAAUUUUUUAAAGCAAAAUGAAAAUGAAAAAAGAAUAAAAAGUGUACAAAUAAAUGAAGGAAAAAAUAAUCAUAGAGAAAACUUUGUAGAAACUUGUAACAAAAUUAACACUAAUUACACAAAUAAAAUAAGAAUGUAUUUUAGUAUCCAAGAAAUUGGCAUGGUAUUUCAAUUUUAUGAUUUUUUGCAAAGUUACGAAAGAGAAAAAAAAAAAAUGAAAAAUUUUCUUCAAGACUUUAAAAAUAAGACUGAAAAGGACAACAUUUUAAAUAAAAAAAAUAAUCUAAAUGAUUUUAAAUUAAUAAAUAAAUCAAAAAAAUUACAGAAUAAUUAUAAAUCAGUGGUAGUAGAUACUGAAAGGAUUUCAAAUAAAAAUUAUUGUGGCAUUUUUGAAGUAUAUAUAAAUAUCUUAAAAAAGAGUUUAUUUUUUUAUUCUCUACAUAAUAGAAAAGAGAAAAUGAAUAUACUCGAUUUUUGUACUGUAUUCAAAGGAUUUUCUAAAAUAUAUAAAAAUAGCUACUUAGAUAAAUACAUACUUUUAUUUUUUCUAAAAUUCAUAAUUUUAAAUCAAAACAAAAUAAAAAUUAAUGAAUUAAAAAUUAUAUUUAAAUUAAUUUUUGAAAAGAAAAAUGAAGAUUUUUUUGAAAUAGUUUAUAAUACAAAAAAUGUUUUUAGUUGUUUGCAGAAUAUUUUAAUUAAAAAUUUGUUGAGUGAAAAAAGAACAAAAAAUGAAAAUAUAGUAUCAUUUAUAAUGUGCUUUUAUUAUUUAUCAUUUUUAAAUUUUAAUAGUAAUACAUAUUUUAUAUUAAAUAAUUUCAUUUUAAAAAAUAUAAGAAAUAGUAAUGUAAAUGCUCUUAUCCCAUAUAUUAUUAUAAGCAAAUUUAACUAUUAUAAAUUAAGAAAAAAAUUAUCUAAAGAAAGUAUAAAAGUUGAACCAAUAAGAAAUUAUAAAAAUAUUAAUUCUAAAUGCAUUUUAAAUGAUUUACAAAGAAAAAGAAAUAUAAAUGAUGAAGAAAGUAACAAUGAAACAGUAUAUAACGUUAUAGAAAAAAAUAUAGAAAAUAAUGAAGAGAAAAAUAAUAAAAAGGAAGCUUCAUUAGAAUUUAAAGAUAAUUUAGAUGAUAUUAAUAGAAUACCUAUUUUGUACAAGUUAAUAAACAGAAAUUUUAAUAAUUAUAAAACAUAUUAUGUGUUGAAUUGUGUAUACAUGCUCAUCAAAUUUUUAAAAGAGAAAAAUACUUUUCUUUUUUUUUCGAAUUGUAAUUUUCCUGAUUUAUUUGAAAAACUGCACAAUAAAUUAAGUAACCAAACUUUAAUUUGUAAAAAUUAUGACUAUUUUAUUAAUUAUGCCAAAUAUAACUAUUGCAUAUCUUUUUUUAAUUAUUAUAUAAACUUAAAUAAUUUAUUAGAAAAAUUACAGUUCAACAUGAAGUUUCCUUAUAAUUUUUACACACCAUUUAAUACAUAUAUGUUAGCUCAUUUUUUAAUGGAUUAUAAGAAUCAUUUAAUGAAUAACAGUUUUCAUUUAGAUAAAAACUCACACAAUUACAUAGAUAAUAAAUCAUUUAAAAGAAUAAUGAAUGAAAAAAUGAUAGUCUUUCAUAAUUUUAUGAAGCAUAUAAAUUCUUACAACUUUUUAAAUAUACAUGAUAUAAUAAAUAUGAUAAAAACAAUAAAAUUUUUUUCUUCUAAACUAAGUCAUAGUAACUUUAUAAUAUUGCAUAAUUUGACAAUAAAUUUGGAAUUUUAUAAAUACACAAAAAUAAGUACUAUUUUUGAAUUAUUAAUUGAAUAUAUAAAAUUUAUGUAUUACUUAGAGUUAGAAAAUCAAAAGACAUUUGAAAAAUGCAAUUACUUAAUAGUUAAUGUUUUUAUAUUUCUGUUCAGAAUAGUUUUUAAAAAUAUAUUAAGAAAUUUGGAAAACAAUUAUAUUGGUAUGUUAUAUUUAUCUUUUCUCUACAUAUUUUAUUUUAUUCAAAAGUCAAAUUAUAUUUUUCAUGCUUUAUCAUUAAAUAACUUGAAUCAAAUAAAUUACUAUAUUAACCUAAAAUAUAUGACCUUAGAUAAGUACGAACAAACAUAUUCUUUUCAAUUACAUAUUUUAGAAGUUCUAAAAGGAAUUGUAAAAAAUAAAAGAAUGAUAAUAAAUGAAUACAACAUAUAUGAUACCCCUUAUACCGUUGAUAUUCUUAUUAAAUAA